CCGCGGUUGAGAACACCUCGAUGACGUCGCACAGUAGGACGAACGAAACAAGAUGGCGUCUGACGGAGAAUACGUUGUUUUGGUUCUUAUGGUUUCUUGGUCUUAAUUACAACGUACAUGUGCACAUGUGUGUCGUUUAACAGAGUAAACGUCGUUAUUAAUUGUUUGUAUGCGGAUACAUUAGUCUGAGUGCACUGUGACGUGCUAGCCUAGCCUGCUGGUUAGCUUAGCUUGUUAGCUGCUAACAAAGAGAGGCGGAAGUGAUCGACACAUCAAAGCAGACAUCCAAUACAUGAGCGGAGAGCUUGCGUCGUUCCUCCUGUGCCUGUCAAAGAGGCAGCUGCGGACUAUCUUGCCUCCUCCCACCAGCCGCCCCCGAUCGUCGGAUGCUUCCACCGUGGAGGAGGGGGGAAAAAAAAAAAAAAUCUCAGCCCGGCCCCACCGUCCGCCUUCGCUUCGUCGAGAAACGUGGCUUCCCGCGGACACACUGGCGGUCACCACACCCGUGGCCACACCCCUCGGACUUUCAGGUUGUACAGACGUCUGUGAAGAACAUCUUCACCCUGAGCAACAGAAGUGGAGCUUCAUGAUGCGAACAGAGGAACCACAGCCCUCCCACAUUAAGAAAGAAGAGGUAUACCCACUGAUCCCCCAUUUUAAAAAGGAAGAGGAGGACCCACUGACACCCCAUUUUAAAGAGGAAGAGGAGGACCCACUGACCCCUCACAUUAAAGAGGAAGAGGAGGAACACAGCAUCAGUCAGCAGGGAGAGCAUCUUGAAGGGCUGGAGGAGGUUGAUGUCACCAAGUUGCCAGUGGCUGGUGUCCCUGUGAAGAGUGAAGAUGAUGAGGUCAAAGGUGAAAGUGAGGAGAGGGGAGGGGGGGGGCCUCCAAGCAGCAGCUCAACACAACACAUGACAACAGAAGCUGAUGGAGACCACUGUGGAGGAUCACAAGCAGACAAGCUCUUAGCUCCACUAUCAGAUAGUGAGGACACAACGUCACACUCUCCUGACACUGAUGAUGAAGACUCUAAAGAUGAUAAGACAUGUCACACUGACAACACUCACUUCAAAUGUUCUCACUGUGACAAAACCUUUAAAUACCAUUGUCGUCUGAAAGUACACAUGAGAACACACACUGGAGAAAGACCUUUUUCAUGUUCAAUCUGUGGUAAAGAUUUUGUUCGAAGGCACCAUUUCAAAGCACACAUGAGAAUACACACCGGAGAAAAAACCUUUAUGUGCUCAAUUUGCGGUAAAAAAUACACCGAACAAAAGUAUUUGGAAAGACACACAAGAAUACACACUGGUGAAAAACCUUUUAUCUGUUCAGAAUGUGGUAAAGGGUUUUCACAAAGUGUCUAUUUGAAAGCACACAUGAGCAAACACACUGGAGAAAAACUUUUGUCAUGUUUAGUCUGUCAUAAAGGUUUUAUACAACGUGGUGAGUUGAAAAGGCACAUGAGAACACAUACUGGUGAAAAACCUUAUACUUGUUCAGUAUGUUGUAAAAGUUUUAUACAAAGUUCGCAUUUGAAAGUACACAUGAUAACACACACAGGUGAGAAAGUGUGGAGUUGCAGUGUGUGUGGUGAAAGAUUCUCUUAUAAGAAGCAGUGUAAGAAACACAAGUGUAGUGAGAACAGCAGCAGCACAUGAAGAUGCAGGAUUUGAAAAAAAAAAACGUCAAUACUUUAACUUUGACCUUUUAACAACAUCAGCACAUAGAUUCUAACAUUUAUAGAUUAGAUAUAGAUGUUCGCUUUUUUCAGUCAAGUACAUGUUUUAAUAUGCAUUGUGUACUUUUAUUUAAAAAUGAACACAACACUUUGACUGUAAAGGUGAGAAUAAAAAGGACAAAACAUA